GCUCAAAUUGUCAGUGAACACGUGCUGAAGGAAUGAUUACGGUAGAAACUGGGCUAUUGUGUCAUAAAAUAAACAAGCAUGCAGUAGAGAGGCAAAGAUCGAAUCCUUGAGCGAAGUAAACAGCCAUAAUUGGCUUAUGGAGACAAGUAAGUUGCCAUGGAAACCUUUGGAGGGACAUGGCGAGACAAUUGCCAACAGCAGGGCGACAGGAUGGAUUUGGGCGAGGAACUUCUGGAGGCAAUUUGGUGCAACAAGCCUGAUGAGGUUUCCAAACUGAUCGAUGAUGGGGCCGAUGUUAAUCAGAUGGGACUGGUUUUCCAGGAUGAACCUAUUACCCCUUUAAGCCUAGCAUGUAAAAUGGGGCACAUGGACAUUGUGAAAAUUCUAGUCCAGAGGAAGGCGGACUUGAACCAGUCAGGGCAUGAUGGGAAGACUGCUAUGCAUUACGCUUGUGAAGGAGAUGAACGAAGGGAUGAAAAGAAAGAGAAUUUACUGGAAAUACUGGGCUUUCUUAUAAAGAAUGGUGCUAAUGUGGAGGCUAUGAACAACAUGCGAUGUACUCCACUUUUUUCCGCAUGUGAAAUGGAUGAUGUGGAUAUGGUUAAACUAUUGGUGCAGUCUGGUUGUAAAGUGAAUGUGCAGUCAGUGAAUGGUGAUUCCCCCAUGAAAUUGGCCUGUAGGAAUGCUAAGUUCUGGACAUACUGGCAUAGUAGGGAAAUGUAUGCUAACAGUACGCAGUGUAAUCCCCAUAAUUUACCACCAGUUCAGAUAACAAAGAUAUUGCUGCACUCCAAUGCUAACAUCUCAGAGGCCACCCUUCUCCCGACUGCUGUGCAGUUUGGUGACCUAAAACUUGUGAAAGAACUGAUUGAGUUAGGGAUGGACAUCAAUAUGCUGGAUGACAAUAUGUGCACACCUCUAGGUUCUGCAUGUUCAUGUGUGAAUGUGAAAGCAGAUGUAGUGAAACUUCUUCUGGAGCAUGGUGCUGACAUCAAUCGAGGAGGCGGGUGGAAGAAGCAGAAACCAAUCAUCUUUGCCUACGUCCACAAUUCUGUGAAUAAAAUCAAACUUUUGCUGUCUUACGGAGCUACAUUAACAAGGGAGGAAAUGACUAAUCUAGUAUCGCUUUCAUUUUCGAAAGCUAUUUUAGAAAACCCUGAAGUCAUAACUCCAUGGAGUAAAGAGCUGAUGUCCUGGAACUUGCUGCUGGCUGCAGGAUUUAUUCCUGUGGACAAUGACCCCGUCCUUGCCAAUAAACUAGAUCAACUCCGUCUGUGUAGCAGCUAUGACAAGAUUAGUCCCUGGAUAUGGGACAUGAUAUUUCCUUCCAGAUCUUUAAAAGAUUUGUGUCGCAUUGCCAUCAGAGAUAAUUUGAAAAACCUUGUCAAAGAUAUUGCCAUUGAAUUGCUUCCAUUGCCGACAGAAAUUAAAAAAUAUCUGCAAUUUAGUGAAUUUUAUUUGCCAGAGAAGGUCACUUCUAGUGAUUCAUAUGGUUCUAAGUCUCCUGUCAAACCGCCUUGUACAUAAUAUAACAUUAUUGUAAUAUGAUUACAUUAAUUUUGCUGUUGACCAAAGUAUGUAUCCAAUUUUAAUUUAUAUCGCCAAAGAAUUUAAAUAUGUGCUGAUUGUAUUUUAUUUACAUAGAUGUAGGUUAUUAUUGCGAAUUAUUAACACGUGCCAUAUUAUUCAGUUGUGAGAAGGAAGGCAUUAAAAUUCGUGCAUUUUGUUUGCAACAAACCAUUACUAGUAUUAUCAUUCUGUUAAAUUAUUUAUAUACACCUGAAUUAAAAAUGCUUCUAAAAUAUA